UUUAAGCCUAGUAAAUAUAGAAUGGGGAAAUCCAUUGACAUAUGCAGGGAACCAUAUCGACCAAUCAGAAGAGAAGGGGGAGUUUUCAUGUUUCUAUAAAUUAAGCAGGUGAGACAGGUGGCCGCUGUGAUGUCCCUGACAAUCCUGCAUGGGUACGUAUAGGCCUGACAGGGAAAAGGGAGACCAUCCACGCCUUUAGGAACCUGAAAAGGUGAGGUACACGUUCUUCAAGAGCCUCCAGGGGAAGGAAACGCAGGAGGAAACCAGCCGAGACUGAAGAACGCACCGGAAGGAUUUCACGGAACGAUGACGUCAGUCGAACCUCAGGUUCAGAUGCCAGGGUUCAGUUCCAGUAAUGAUGGUUACUAUACCCUGCCGUCUCAGGGCAGUCCUGAGUGGACUGCUGCGGAUCUGGGAGACCUCACCUCCAGCUACACGAAUCCCUACCUAUGCAUCAGUGGUUCUGGAAUGAAUGGAACUUCUGGGCCCCAGGCAGGCGCUGCCAUAGACGGCCCGACGUACAGCAUGCAGGGGUCCUACUCAUCCAUGGCUGAAGCUGGGGUUUUGGCAGCUGCAGAAGCAGGCUGGAUAAGAGAGCCCCUGCAGGGGAACCGGAUAAAUCUGGGCAGGCCCCCCUACUCCUACUCUGCUCUGAUCGCUAUGGCGAUUCACCGGGCACCCCAGCGACGCCUCACCCUCAGCCAGAUCUACCAGUAUGUGGCAGAUAAUUUCCCCUUCUACAGCAAGGGCAAGACGGGUUGGCAGAACUCAAUCCGACACAACCUCUCGCUGAACGACUGCUUCAAGAAGGUGCCACGGGAUGUGAAUGACCCAGGUAAGGGAAACUACUGGAUCCUUGACCCCAAUUGUGAGAAGAUGUUGGACAAUGGCAACUUCCGCCGCAAGAGGAAGAAAAAGUCUGACCCUAAGGCGGAUGAGGCGGCACUCGACGUCUCGAGAAUCCAGAUGGGUGGGUGCAGUACCUCCCGGCUCCCCGCGUGGAGCUCUCCCUGCCUGAGCAACUUCCUGUCAGAGAUGUCUGGGAUAGCGGGCUCGCUUGAGGAGGGUGGCCACGUGCCGGCCCACGGCUAUGGCUCCCACUGGCCUGCCCCCCCGCCUCCAGCACCCGUCUCAAUCGUGCCACCCAAUCAGCUCUGUUGCUUUAACACCGGACUAAGCUCUGCCCUCUACCACCAGGAUGGCACUGAAGUCUAAUAAGGCCAAAUGGGGACUAAGCAUCACCUACUCAAAGAGCCUCUGCCAUUCUUCCCCCACUGUGGCAACUUCACUACCUGCCAGGGAGCUGGGUGGUCCCAUUCGUACAAAACUCAGAGGCCCUCAAAAGAUGACUUCCGCUGACCUUUCACCCAGAGGUCACAUGAUAUAAACCUGUCACAUGAUUACCUUCUGAAAAAUUAGUUUUGCGCAUCUUUUCAUACUUGCUGUUAAACUACGAGCAAAGAACAAUGCUCUGCUGUUGUGGUCUGUCUUGCCUAUUAAUGGAUCCCGAUCCCUUCUCUGUAUGAUUCUUGGUGAUUCUGAGAAGCUCGUCUCCUGAUUGUCCCUCAGAGUCAAAUGCAAAGACUCUUCAGUCAUGCAGAGAGAAGAACAUCGUCUAUGGUCAAACCUAACCCUAACCCUAAACCUAACCCUAAUCAUAACCCUAACCGCUAUCCCUAACCCCAACACUAACCAUAACCCUAACCCUAACUGCUAUCCCUAACCCUAACACUAACCAUAACCCUAACCCUAAAUGCUAACCCUAACCAAUACUAACCAUAACCAUGUGCAGGUAUUUCCGCUGUUUUUAUGAGGGAAGGGGAGCUUGGCUUUUGAGAAUUAAUAUGAAACAUAUGAAUGUCACAAAAGCUUCCUGUCCUAUUUAUUAUUAAAAAUCAGUCAUUUUCUUGUUCAUAUUUUCAGCCAGUGCAUUAGCCAUUGCUAAUCAAAUGCCACACAAUGUUACGUUUCUGCAAAGAUGUGCAUCCCUGUGACAUCAGCGCUCUCCGUAGUCCCAGCCCAAGACACUGUGACGUCAGUGAAAUAAACACUUAAAUAAAAAGCGAGAUAACGGUCAGGCGUGUGACAAGAAGUGACGUUAACUCUGCAAACCGUGGUUACACACACCCGCGGGCCCUCAGGGUGCGGUCAUGUGAUCAGGUGGUGUCCGUCAGAGUUAAUGGUCUGUGUAGAAAUUACUAGCCCGAGAUCGAAUGAGAGAGAGAAAAAAACAUUAAAGAACCGUCUAGAUAACGACAGGUUUGACUAUAAAAAAAAGUGCGAUGAAGGGAAAAACAUUCCCCCCCCCCCUUUGCCUGCGUUCUUUAUUUUUUGUUUUGGGGAGAUCAGUCUCUCAGUUCUAAAUAUAGGCGUAAUAUGAUGGGUUUUCACAGUGCGAUUUGAAGGCUGACAAAGAAGAAGUGGCAACAACAUAGCUACAGAGGUAACUUCUCCGGCUGUCAUCCAGCGAGAAAAGGGGGAAUUAAACACAAACACAAACGCGCAUUCCCUACGGACACCCAGUGCAUGCUUGCUGACACAACAUCUCGUAUCUAUCCUGGACAAAAUGCAACACUCUCCUGAGAUGCAUCUGGUGCUAAAUGUUGGAGUGCGUCGCCCGUU